AUGGGGAAGCAUCCCGAUUUCUACACGAUCCUAGAGAUCAGCAAGGAUGCAAGCGUGGAAGAGAUUCGCAAGGCAUACUUGCGAGCAGCCUUGCGAUGGCAUCCAGAUAAGAAUCCGGAGGAGAAAGACUUCGCCGAGACAAUGUUCAAAAGAGUGGCCCAGGCAUACAAGGCGGCAGAUUCCACGAGGAUUCAUGAGGUGCUGAGCGAUGACCUUCUGCGUUCUCGCUAUAAUACCUCUGGAGAGGGCGGUCUUGGACAUGAUUGGUGGCCUGAUGAUCCUGAAGCAAGUCGGGACAUGGCCUACCAAUUCUUCAUCCACCGCGUUCCUGGUAAAUCCCUGAUCGAAGGCUUCAGUGAGGCCAAGCUUCGAGAGAUCUUCCCACACCUUUUCGGACAUGGCCGAGUGAUGAACAACACCAGGACACACCAGCGCAGCCCGUUGUGA